AUGGUUAAGAACUGUAGAAGAACACAAAACAUGUGGUUCCACUUUGAAAGACACCACAAGGCUGAACAUGCAAAAAUAAGUAAACCAAAUGUGCUACAAAAUCUUGAAAUAAGCACUAAGCCCAUUGUUAAAAAUGAACCAGACAACAUGCCGACUAAAAGUCAGAAAACUGUUCCUGAAAUGUAUGCAAAAAAACAACAUUAUCCACAAAAGUCGGAAAGGUCAACAGAAAUCACACAAGCUGUGGCAAAGUUCAUCGCCGGUGACCUACAGCCAUUAUCCGUAGUCGGAAAGGCAUACUUUAAGAACCUUUUGUCUGUGAUGGACCCAAAAUAUGAACUACCAUCUCGGAGAUAUUACACAAUGAAUGUGAUACCAGAGAUGUACACAUCAGUUGGUACCAAUGUUGAACUGGAACUUAAAGAAUGUGAAAGUUUAGCUAUCACAACAGAUGGUUGGACAUCCCGUGCCUGUCAAAGCUAUCUUACAGUAACUGCACAUGGCCUUGAUUCUAACUGGAAGCAGCAUAAUUAUGUCCUUGCAACACGAAUGCUUGAUGUAUCCCAUACCGGGGUUAAUGUAGGUGAGGCCCUUGCCGGUGUUGUAGCCGAGUUUGGUUUGCAGAGACCAUCAGGUACAGCUGUUGUGACUGACAAUGCUGCAAAUAUGGACAUUGCAGCAAAAGCUGCCAUGCUCACUCCACAUGUGAAGUGUUUCGCCCAUACUGUGAAUUUGGCCUGUCAAAAGGGUGUCAAAGUUCAAGAAUUCCAACCACUUCUAACAAAAGUAAGAAGAAUUGUCUCAUUCUUUCACAAAUCAACUACAGCAACUGCUCUUCUGAAAUUGAACCAAAAAAACAAGGAGCUCAAACUAAUCCAGGAUGUGUCCACAAGAUGGAACAGUACUUAUGACAUGCUUCAAAGAUAA